AAGUGCUUGCUUUAACUGAUCAAAACAACUUCCAUUAGAAUCUCUAGCCUAGAGUCUGUGCGGUUGGCAUACAUACCGGAGACUCUGAAUCUUGCAUUCUUAGCCGUAUAUGUUGAAAUGGCAAUUAAGUCAUGACUGAGAUGGGAAACUAGCGGUAAGUUUAGGCACCUGAAACCUGACAAAGGGUUCGCUGUGCUUAUUAUACUGAUGGAUUCAUUAACUUCUUUGAAUCAGUCAGGAAGGAUACAUCUUUCAGAGUCUGAAGCCCGUAUUGGAAGGCCCACUCCUCCAGAGCCUUGGAUUGCACCAGGAUUCACCGUUGCAGCCAAAGCCCGUGUAAUCGUGACUUUCUGUUUCUUCACUGUAUCGAUGUGCAGCAACACAGCCGUUCUGCUCAGCGUCAUCAAAAAAAGGAACUCACACAUCCGCAACCUGAUCUUGAGCCUCACCAUCGCUGACCUAAUGGUGACUGUUUUGGUGAUGCCACUAGAUGCAGUGUGGAAUAUAACUGUUCAGUGGUAUGCGGGUGAUAUAGCGUGCAAGGCUCUGAACUUCCUGAAGCUAUUUGCCAUGUACGCUUCUGCGCUUGUCCUGGUGGUCAUCAGUGUGGAUCGUCUUUCGGCUGUCUUGAACCCAUUCAGUUUCAUCCUCGCCACUCACAGGAACAAGUUAAUGCUUUCCAUGGCAUGGAUCACAAGCAUGCUCCUGGCCGCUCCCCAGCUCUUCAUUUUUCAGGUGCAGAAUGUCUACGGCAUGAACUUCACCCAGUGUGUGACGUAUGGGAGCUUCACUGAACACUGGCACCAAACCUUCUACAACAUGUUCACCUUCAUCACCCUGUAUGUGACGCCUCUCACUGUCAUGGUGAUCUGUUACAGCAGGAUUCUGUGGGAAUUAAGUAAACAGAUGAAAGGAAAUAGAGAAAGAACACAGAAUGACUACAUAUUAAAGGCACGAAUGAAAACUCUCAAAAUGACCAUUGUCAUUGUUGUGUCCUUCAUCGUCUGCUGGACCCCAUAUUACCUCCUCGGACUUUGGUAUUGGUUCAAUCAAAACGUAUUGAAGAAUGUGCCAGAAUAUGUCAGUCACAUACUGUUCUUAUUUGCCUUGCUACAUACCUGCUCAGAUCCAAUUAUCUACGGGUUUUACACACCGUCCUUUAGAAAGGAUAUCUUGACAUGUUGGAGAGGGACAAGAGCAGAGAUCACAAGGAACGAAACAAAACACACUGGAAAACCAGUCACUGCCAAACCCCUACAAGAUGACACAAAUGGCAACAUCCUUAAUCACAUCGAGAUGGUAUCUGUAAUCCCCAAUUGAACAAUUCAGCCUGUCUUUUGAUUUAAGCUUUAAUUGAGUUACAUUGUUUGGUUGUGGGUUCACGUUCCUCUCUAGGAUUUGCAGCGGAAAUCAUUUAGGGCAAAUAUUUUCACUUCCUCUCUAGGAUUUGCAGCGGAAAUCAUUUAGGGCAAAUAUUUUCACUUUCAUGCUGUAUGGUUGGAAACAUUGUCUUUCAGAUGAAACAUUAAACUGUUGCUGUCUGUCACUGUGACUGAGUGGCUUUUGGGGAUGCCAUGUGUAAUUCAAAAGAGCAAAGUACUUUUUUAAGCAGCAUUGCACCCUGAGCCAACAUCAGCGAAACAGAUGAACUAGUGAUCGAUCUGCUUGUUG